UAUAAAAGGGAGGUGUAUUCUAUUCAUUAAAUCAGUCUUGUCUGUUUCAGCAUCAUUGCAGCAACAAACAAUUCUCUCAUCUGCUGCAGUUUGAGUUUCAAUCACAUUACAUCAUGGGUAAUCACGGCUUUACAUUUCUGUUGGCCGUUGUCUCGUUAAUGGCUGGGUCAAUCAAGUGCGGACCGAUGGGCUCGUCUUCUGGUGGAUAUGGCUCCUAUUCUUAUCAGACAACAACUGCCAAGGAGUACUACACUAGUGCCUCCUACUACACCACCAAGGCCCCCGAGUACUACACCACGGCCUCCUACUAUACCACCAAGGCGCCGGAGUACUACACAACAACGUAUGCAGCUCCCACCUAUUACACCGAGGCCCCGAAGUACUACACCACCAAAGCUCCCGAGUACUACACCACAGCUUCCUACUACACAACAAAGGCGCCUGAGUACUAUACCACAAAGGCUCCGGAGUAUUACACCACCAAGAAAGCUGAAUACUACACAACAACCUACGCUGCCCCUAGCUACACCACCGAGGCUCCGAAGUAUUACACCACCGAGGCUCCAAAGUACUACACCACGACCUAUGCAGCUCCCAGCUACUACACCGACGCUCCCAAGUACUACACCACCAAGGCACCUGAAUACUACACUGAGGCUCCAAUGUACUACCCGGCUCCAAGCUACACCACCACAGCAGCUGCUUACUACACCACUGAAGCUGCCAAGUAUUACGUAGCCCCAACUUACUACAACGCUGCUGCCCCAUCUUACUAUGUUGAGCCAACUUACUACACCGAUGCUCCGCAAUAUUACUCAGCUCCCAGCUACUACGAAACCGAGGCACCAAAGUACUACGCAACUGCCGCCCCAAGCUACUACACCGAAGCCCCUAAGUAUUAUGCUGCUCCUAGCUAUUACCAGACUGAAGCGCCCGUUUAUUAUACUAAAGCUCCCGAGUACUACACCACUGCCUCCUACUACACCACCAAGGCUCCCGAGUACUACACCACGGCUUCUUACUACACUACAAAGGCGCCCGAGUACUAUACUACAAAGGCUCCGGAGUAUUACACCACAAAGAAGAUCGAGUACUACACAACAACCUACGCUGCCCCUAGCUACUACACCGAUUCUCCGAAGUAUUACACCACUGAGGCUCCAAAGUACUACACCACGACGUAUGCGGCUCCUAGUUAUUACACCGAAGCCCCAAAGUACUACACUACCAAGAAAGCUGAGUACUACACAACACCGGAGACGUACUACACCACGACCUACGCAGCUCCUAGCUACUACACCGAAGCUCCCAAGUACUACACCACCAAGGCACCUGAAUACUACACUGAGGCUCCAAAGUACUACUCGGCUCCAAGUUACACCACCACAGCGGCUCCUUACUACACCACUGAAGCUGCCAAGUAUUACGUAGCCCCAACUUACUACCCCACUGCUGCUCCGUCUUACUAUGUUGAGCCAACUUACUACACCGAUGCUCCGCAAUAUUACUCAGCUCCUAGCUACUACGAGACCGAAGCACCAAAGUACUACACAACUGCUGCCCCAAGCUACUACACCGAAGCCUCUAAGUAUUAUGCUGCCCCGAGCUAUUACCAGACUGAAGCGCCCGUUUAUUAUACUAAAGCUCCCGAGUACUACACCACUACCUCCUACUACACCACAAAAGCCGCCGAGUACUACACAACUGCCCCCUACUACACCACCAAGGCCCCAGAGUACUAUACUACGACCUACGCAGACCCUAGCUACUACACAGAGGCCCCAAAGUAUUAUUCGGCUCCAACCUACACCACUACAGCUGCUCCUUACUACACCACUGAAGCUGCCAAGUAUUACGUAGCUCCAACUUACUACACCGCUGCUGCCCCAUCCUACUAUGUUGAGCCAACUUACUACACCGAAGCACCUCAGUACUACGUUGCUCCCAGCUACUACACCGAGGCUCCUAAGUACUACACCACAAAGGCUCCAGAAUACUACACUACUGCUGCUUACUACACCACCAAGGCACCUGAAUACUACACUGAGGCCCAGAAGUAUUAUUCAGCUCCGAGCUACACCACACCGGCUGCUCCUUACUACACCACUGAAGCUGCAAAGUAUUACGUUGCCCCAACUUACUACACCGCUGCUACCCCAUCUUACUAUGUUGAGCCAACUUACUACACCGAGGUUCCGCAAUAUUACUCAGCUCCUAGCUACUACGAAACCGAGGCACCAAAGUACUACACAACUGCCGCCCCAAGCUACUACACCGAAGCCCCUAAGUAUUAUGCUGCCCCAAGCUAUUACCAGACUGAAGCGCCCGUUUAUUAUACUAAAGCUCCCGAGUACUACACCACUGCCUCCUACUACACCACAAAAGCCGCCGAGUACUACACCACUGCCUCCUACUACACCACCAAGGCUCCAGAAUACUACACCACUGCUGCUUACUACACCACCAAGGCACCCGAAUACUACUCCACUGCUACCCCAUCUUACUACGCAGAGCCAACUUACUACACUGAGGUCCCGAAGUAUUACUCAGCUCCAAGCUACACCACUACAGCUGCUCCUUACUACACCACUGAAGCUGUCAAGUAUUACGUAGCCCCGACUUACUACCCCGCCACUGCUUCCCCGUCUUACUAUGCAGAGUCAACUUACUACACCGAGGUACCUCAAUACUACGCUGCUCCUAGCUACGAGACGGAAGCCCCAAAAUACUACGCAGCUCCCGGCUACUACCCCGAGGAUCCCAAGCACUACACCAACAAAGCCGUCGAGUACUACACCGAGGCUUCAGAAUAUUAUACCACCAAGGCAUCCGAGUACUACACAACACCAGCACCUUACUACACUACGACCUAUGCAGCUCCUACUUACUACACUGAGGCUCCAAAGUACUACACCACCAAAGCAGCUGAGUACUAUACAACUGCCUCCUACUACGGCGCUAAUGCGCCAGAAUACUACACCACCAAGAAAGCCGAAUACUACACAACUUCAGCACCUUACUACACUACGACCUACGCUGCUCCCAGCUACUACACCGAAGCUCCCAAGUACUACACCACGAAGGCUGCCGAGUAUUAA